AUGCCUAGGAGUAAUAGUUGGCAAAAAGACCUAAGGAGAAAAAUUUGCUGGAGCCUUAGAAACUUAUACGGAAUAAUUUUGCCUUUUGAUAUUGCUCCGGUUCAAAUUGCCUUUAUAAUUAUCGGAGAAAGCGAAGAAUUAUUUAAUUAUUAUCAAGAAAUAUACAAUUCACUAAUUACCUAUUACCGUUGCCAACUAUACAAUAAAACUUCUCGCGUUAAUUUAAAUGUUCUCCAAGCUGACCGAGAAGGUUGUCCGUUCAAAAUAAUAUUAGGAAAAGAAGAAUUAAAAAAAAAUGAAAUUACUUUGGUGAGAAGGGAUAACGUGGAAAGAAAAAUUACCAUUAGUUUAGAAAGUAGUGAAAUUGAAAAAAAAUUGUUCACAAUUUACCAAAAGAAUAUCGAGGAAAUGAGCAAAGUUUAUGAUAAAAAUGAAAAAGUUCAAAAAGCACUAGAAAAUAAUAAGGAAAAACAGUUUAACCAUUUUAAAAAAGGAGAAAAGGUGGGGAAAAUUGCCGGUGUCAUUGGCAAAGAAAUUGCCGAGUUUCAAAAAAAUCUUUAUCAAAAAAGUGCAAAUUUUCGUGAUGACCAUAUUUUCCCCCUCGAUAGUUUUUCCGAAUUAGAAGCAAAAAUAAAAAAAGGAGUAGUGGGAUUAUUUUUAGUUCCUUUUUGUAACAAUUUAGAUUGUGAGAUAAAAAUUAAAGAAAAAGUGCCUUCUUAUACCAUUCGCUGUAUUUCUUUAGUUAAAAAGCCUGAAGCAAGAGAAAAAUGUAUUUUUUGCUCCACGCCUGCUAUUGAUUAUGUUUAUCUAGGAAGGUCUUAUUAA